AGCCCCGCCUCUGGCGACGUCUUCUAAAUACGUCCUUCCGCCCUCUUCCUUCUCUUUCCGCUUCUCCGCCAUCGUGGUGUGUGUUGCUGGCUCUCUCUCGCCAUGUCUUCUCAUAAGACUUUCAGGAUCAAGCGAUUCCUGGCCAAGAAACAAAAGCAGAAUCGUCCCAUUCCCCAGUGGAUUCGGAUGAAAACUGGUAACAAAAUCAGGUACAACUCCAAGAGGCGACACUGGAGAAGAACAAAGCUGGGUCUGUGAGUGAUCCUACGUGAGAUGGCAAUGGCACGCGUUUCCCCGUUUAUCAUGCCGCUUGAAUCCUGUGUUCCUGAUGCGACACCUGCCCGUCACAUGCCCCAUACCAAUAACUUAUCAAGGAAAUAACUUCUCUGUUACGUUGCUCCUGAACCAGUAGGUUGGUUCAGUAAUAAACGUGAGGGGUUUUGAUUGAA